AUGUCUAAAGGAUGGUAUAAGGAUGAUGGCUAUGAUCUCGAAGACAAGCCGUACAUCUAUGUCGAACCACCCAAAGAUAAAAUAAAUCUCACCGACGUUAACCUUGCAAAGGAAUAUGCAGCUGGCUUCAAAAGAUAUGGACCACCCACAGAAAUCUCAGUUCUUGAUGCCGUCUGCACAGCCGUCCAAUACGCGUCACUAUUCACAAAGGGCCUCACGCCGCAACCAUCACGUCGUUUCGUCUACUACAAUGCCAGAGCACUUCCAUUGAUGGAUGUAUAUAAGAGUUCAACUAAAUGGCCAGACGAGGUCCACAAUGUCUCUCUCAAGAUACGCCAAGCCUUACGAGCUGUUACUCUCUACGGUGUCUCGAAGGAGGAGUUGUUUCCUUGGGUGGUGCAAGACUUUUCCCACGCCGAAUCUGCAGUCUGGGGAGUCAAUGAACGGCCAGGCAUAGACUCGUAUAAAGAUGCGGCAACGGGUCCUGUGUUCGAGCCAUAUCGCCUUGACUCAUACCAACCCGAAGCCAUGGAUGGCAUGGAUGAGUUCGAGCUGAGAGCUCUGGGAACUUCGACUCUGACUCGUAUACGACUCUGUCUAGCGGAAGAGUAUCCGGUCAUCUUUGCUUUCCAUCUCUUUUGGGAGACCUUCAAAACUGUUGGACCUGCUCAGUCUGGAGAUGAAGGCUACCCGACGAUCGAAAAGAUACCAGCGGAGCGACGUUCUGUCGGACCAAGAGUGGACAAAAAUUACGAUGUACAAGUCGGGCUUAUUGUUGGUCUUGAUCACCGGAAGAGACGAGUUCUUGUCAAAAGCGCGAUGAAGGAUGUGGAAUAUUUCUGGAUGCCAUACGAGUGGAUCAUAGACGUCCAUGCCACCAAAAGCUUCUGGAUGAUACGCAAUGCAGGAAAGACUUUGAGUCCACCUACAAUGGAGAGGGUUGACACAAGCACCUGGUGCCAGAAGUGGGAUACUCUCAGUCCAUGGAAAAUCGAGGAAAUCGAUAAUAGCGCCACUGUGAGCAUGGCGCCAAACAGUUCAAUCUCUGUUAUAUCUCGCAACGAGGGCGUGCUUGACAUGUUCUGGAUCUCGGAGCAAUGCACUAUUGAGCGAGUGUAUCAUAACCUCCCGAAGCACGAGUGGAAACGACAGACUAUUGAGCUGGAAGAUCCAAGGAUGAAGCCUUACCCAGGCGCCAUUGCGUCUGUCUCUGCUGAUCUGCAGAAACUGGAUCUUUUCUGGAUGACUGCAAGCGGCGCUAUCUGCAAUGCUUCUACCUACGUAACUAUUGAUAGGGAACCUGCAGUUUGGGAAAAAAGGACAGUCUUUGGCGACGGAACAGCUGAGCCGCGAGGCGGAUUAGCAGCAACGAUUGGGCCAAGAAACACUGACAAGGCCGGAAAGAUCAAUUUGUACUGUGUUGGACCUGAUGGAUGCAUAAAAUACAUGCAAACGACGAGGAGCUGGGAGGGCCCUGACUCAGUUAUUACAAUCGCCGACGUCGGAAGUGCUUACGAUUACAGCAACUUAUCAGCAGUUGCAGAUUACAUACGAUCUGACCAAGAUACACUCUACUGGACAGAUGUAAUUGUUUGGGUAACACCCCGAGGGACGAUAGGUGGAAAAAGACAGAAUUGGGCAAGUCAAUGGGUCGAUAUAUGGGAAGUUGAAGGGGAAACAGAUGUAGCAUGGCUUGAUUCACGCAUCUCAGCCAUACUCCAUGAUGAUGAGGGUUACUUUAGCGUCUACUACGUCACCGAGGAUGAGCAGAUAUUUGUCGACACUGCAGUCAUUACAGUGGAGCAUAACCAACCAUACGACGAGCACGACGAAAAGGAAGCCUUUGGAGAGAAAGCAACCAAGGUUCGGCUGAAUUCUGGUAUUGAGGCCGUGAAGAUCGGUCCUGGGGAGAAAACCAUGGUCUUAUGGCAGAAUGAACAUGGGCAGUUGAUGAUGGGGGGCGAUGGGGAAUACGCUGUUCAGCUCUCUACAAAUCGUGGUGUGAGACAGGGAAGCCCUCUUGGAGUUGGCGUUUUGUACGGAAAGCCUGUUAUUGCAAUGAAGAUCGAUGACGGGGUGAUUGGUGCUGGCUACUGGGGUGAUAUAUCUAAGUGA